UCCUUUCUUAAUUAUGGGUGAAUGUCAGGUGACAAUGCAAAUCCGAAGGGCGAUAGAAGAAGCACAUUCGAGGCUGAAGAAGUAUGCAUCGAUCACCCCUCGGGCUGUCCUCUCCUCCUUCGUUUUCCUCUUCGUUAGCGCGCUAGUUUUCGCCGGUUGGAUCCACACAUCCAUCUUUCCAGGUCCUUCUCAGUUUUCAAUAUUCACUACAUCAAAAGCACCAGAUAUCCCUCUUAAAUGCACAGAAUGGAACAUGACUCGAACUUGUCCCGUGAACUAUACAACCAAACAGACCCACGAUUGCCAUCUCCAUCAUCACAAACCUGGCAAUGAAUGCCCGUCGUACUUCAGAUGGAUCCACGAAGAUCUACGACCAUGGAAAGAGACUGGGAUCACCAAGGACAUGGUCGAAAGAGCUCGACCUCCUGCACACUUCCAGCUAGUGAUUUUGGAUGGGAAGGUCUACUUGCAGAAGUUUAGGCCAGCUUAUCAGACCCGGGAUGUGUUCACUCUGUGGGGCAUAUUACAGCUUCUCAGAUGGUACCCUGGAAAGCUUCCUGAUUUGGAGCUGAUGUUCAAUUGCAACGAUCAACCUCUCAUCCGAUCAAAGGAUUUUCCCCUCCCCAAAUCGGGCCCUCCACCGUUGUUUGGAUACAAUGCAGAUCGGAGGACAUUGGAUAUCGUGUUUCCAGAUUGGUCUUUUUGGGGAUGGGUCGAGACGAAUAUAAAGCCGUGGAGAUACGUGUUGAAGGACAUAGAAGAAAGCAAUAAGAGGACUACCUGGUCGUACAGGAAGCCGUAUGCUUACUGGAGAGGGAAUCCGUUCGUGGGUAAAACCAGGAGAGACCUUCUCAAGUGCAAUGUUAGCGAGAAACAUGACUGGAACACGCGGGUUUACAUUCAGGACUGGGGUCAAGAAUCUCAACAAGGGUUUAAGCACUCCAAUUUAGAGGAUCAGUGCACUCACCGAUACAAGAUAUACAUCGAAGGCUGGGCGUGGUCCGUGAGCCAGAAGUACAUCUUGGCGUGCAACUCAAUGGCCUUGCUAAUCAGGCCUUGGUACGUCGAUUUCUUCACUAGAGGCCUCGUUCCGUUGCGGCAUUAUUGGCCGAUUAGGGACAAUGCCAAGUGCACCUCCCUCAAGUUUGCCGUUGAGUGGGGAAACAAUCAUACCGAGAAGGCAAAGGCCAUUGGAGAAGCUGGGAGCCGCUUCAUAUACGAGGAUCUAAAGAUGGAGCUCGUCUACGAUUACAUGUAUCACCUGCUCAACGAAUAUGCGAAGCUUUUCAGGUACAAGCCCACCAUACCGAGAGGCGCCGUGGAGCUGUGCUCGGAGGCGAUGGCGUGCCCCGUGAGCGGGACAUACAAGAAAUUCAUGUUGGAUUCGAUGGUGAGGUCGCCGAGCCGAGUGCCGCCUUGUUCUCUGCCUCCUCCAUAUGACCCUCCUUCGUUUGAAGCUUUCGUCAAGAGCAAAGCUAACUUGACUUGGCAGGUGGAGAAGUGGGAAGAUGAGUAUUGGCAGAGCGUUAACAAGAACAGCAAGAGGCAAUAGGAAAGAAAAGAGAUGGAUAGAGUUGACAUUGAUAU